AGAUUUUGAGGUUCGAUUUUCCGAAAGCCAAUCAUCUGGCGAAGAGGUUUCUGGUUUGGUGAAGAUAUACUACAGCGGGCAAUGGUGGCUAAUUGCCUCCACAAAGUGGACCAUGUCAAACUCACAGGUCCUCUGUAGGUCUUUAGGAUUUUCAAAUGAAAACAAUUUUAAUCUUGUUGCGAGGAAUGAUGUGGAAUUGUACACACCGACGAACCGUUCCUUUACUUGCAGAGGUUCGGAAAGUGGCCUUCAGUAUUGUAAACAACUUGAGAGCACACCGCCUUUGGAAGAAAGCAUAGUAAAUGUAAAAUGUCGUGGUUUUAAGGAUGAAUCUACUGUACGACUAGUUGGUGGUUUAACUGUCAAAGAGGGCAGAGCAGAGGUGUUUCAUCGUGGUGAAUGGGGCACAAUCUGCAUGAAGGGAAUGGUGUUGUCGGAUGCAACAGCACUCUGCAGAUCUGCAGGCUUUGAUACUAGAACGGCAAAAUUUAAUCUGUCAUUAGAUUUACCUGCUGGAACAGGUCGAAUCUGGAUUGAUAAUCUGCGCUGUGAUGGGUCCGAGUCUCAUAUAAAUGAGUGUACAGUAUCGUGGGGAAGUAUGAACUGCAGCCAUGCAGAUGAUAUCUACAUGUAUUGUUACUCAGAGAAUGACAUUAGACUGUCCAACAUAUUAUAUGGAGAACUGCAAGUUUACCAUUCUGAAGUGUGGGGCUCGGUGUGUAUAUCAUCGUACUACUACGAAGACUCAAAUAAAACUGCAGAAGUAGCCUGCCGCUCACUUGGUUUUACUGAUCCUGUUGUUGGGCAGUAUAAAGCUAAUAUUGUAACCUCAAAAGUCUGGCUCAACAAUAUCAACUGCAACGGAGGAGAAAAAAGAAUUGUAGAUUGUGAUCAUGAUGACUGGGGAAAUAAUUAUUGCUUCCAUGUUCGUACUAGAUUCUUUGUUGUUUGUAUGCAGACAGUAGUACCUUUGACUACAGAACAGAUUGAUUUAUGUAGGAAUAAGUGUUUUAAUGGUAACUGCUAUUCAGACACUUGCCAUUGCUAUGGAGGUUACUAUGGUCGUUGGUGUGACUAUUAUGAGUAUGAGCCAUAUGAUCCUGACAAUCAUGGUUCUGUGAUAGCUGGUGUUGUCAUUGGUUCAAUAAGUGGAGUUGUUUUCCUCGUCGUUAUUAUUGUUCUGCUCAUACAAAGGAAGAAAAUGCGCAGGGAGCCACAAACAUUAUCAGUCGCCUACUCUGCGAAUCAAGUAAAUCUAAUUCCCGUCGUUCAAAUUGCCGCACCUCAAGCACUGCAGGCAUCUGUUAGUCAACCGCAGUGUACACUUGGAGCCCAGGCAUCACUUCCUGAAAAUGAACAGAAGGUUCCUCUAGGUGGUGGUAAUGAACAUCUUCAAAAUCCACCAGCUUAUACUGGUUGAUUAUUUCUUGCAUUGUUCAAAGUUCAUAGGUCAAACUAUAGUUGCCCUUAAAGAUAUACGUUCUGUAGUAGAAUCUGGAAAAAAAGAUUAUCAAGACAUUAAAUUACAACACAGAAUAGCUGAUUAAGAUGAAACUAUUUUCAUAUGUUUUUCUAAAAUUUAAUUUUUGCUUUUUAAUUUCAAUUCUGACAUUAUUUCAAAUUUUGAAUUUGAGUUUAAAAAUUCUGGCUCAGCCCCUGUCUAGCCUAACUCUUAUGCAAGGUUUAUUCGAGGAGCUGACAUUGGCCGUAUUUAAACUGGGGUCUUCAGCACAAAGAGCAGGAAAAUGACCUCUUGGCCAAACGAUCAACGAACAAGCUUGUUGUGCAAGCUUGCCGAUAAUUAAAACACCUGUCACUCUACAAAAUUUUAAAAAAGUUUCAAGAACUUGGAGUAUAUUAUUAUAAAUUGUGGUUUUCUUUGAAAGCUAAUAAUAAUUACAGAAACUAUGCAAUUCUUUUUAUAUAUUUGAUUAGCCCAACUCAGAAAAUAUAUCUUUAACAUAUUUAAAUAUGGAGUAGUUUGAUCAUUAUGCAGAUUAAUAAUAUAGUCUGCUUUAUCAGGGGUGUAGGCUGGUUUUAGUCUGGAAGGGAGUGAAAUUACGGUGGGUAGGGGUGUGAAAAUUGUGGAAUUCGGAACUAAAUCCCUAAUUCCAAACUUAAUGGUCAUUUUUAAUAUUUUAACCCACAUGGAACUAAUUUGCCUUCAUGAGGAUUGUGUUUGCACCCCUGUCUCCUGCCUCCCCUCCCCCCAGCCUACACCCUACUGUAGGUUAGAAAAAUAUAUAGUGAUAGCUGGGAAAAUUCAUUGCAUACAGUAGUUAAAACUAUAAUAGCACACAGACAUUCCAUUUAGUUUUAUACAUUAAUUAGUAAAUUUAUUUGACCUAACAUAAGCUACAGUAUGUUCAGUCAUUACAGUAUUUAGAGACCUGUAUUAAUACAACAUGUUAAGAACACACACUUUGUGCAGAUUUGUGAAAUCUAAGUUCCAUAUGGAAUUGAAAGGGCCGUCACUCCAUAGAGUGCAUAUCCCCGCCCUGUGCUUGGAUACCAGCAAUACAUAGGCUGUAUGAUGGGCAAUAAUACAGCAUACCCUCAAGGAAAUAUUGGAAUCGCCUGUCAUAUUCAGGCACAUUAUUUUCUUGAGUGCUGCAUGAAAACGAGGAGCGAUUCCAUUAUUUCUUUUAUGCUUGGGGUUAAAAAAUCAAAUUUCUGUGACCUUGACCUUGUCUUUUGACAUUUUCUUCCAAAACUUUAAUGGGGUCUUUCUUUGAUUAUUAUAUACCAUUCCACUAAAUUUGAUGAUCCAUUCAUUAGAUUUUGUGUAAUCUUGCUAACAGACAAUGGUGAAUACAAAACCUCCUUCGGUGGAGGUACAGUUGAACUCGCCUAAGUCGAAUCCAAAAUGACACUGAAAUAUUGUUCGACUUAGAUAA